AUGUCCUCGCCUACGCGCACACUAGGCGCCUACUCCAGGUUGAUGGAACUGCAGAGCUGGCAGCUGGAGGAGAGCCCUUCCUCAAACCUGAACUCCCUGGAGCCCAGCGAUGGCAGCAGCCCCACCAACGAGGAGCAGCCCCAGCGACUGAACUAUUCUUUCAUCAACGAGUACCCGUUGUUACGGACAAGGCAGCUGGUGUUUGACUAUCAUGCUGGGAGGCAUGUCCCCCGUUUGCGGGAACCACGCAAUCUCUACACCGUGGCUGGAAGAGGCUCCAUUCUUCUCCCUCGCUGGCCAAUAGAGUGCCAGGUCAUCAGGGAGAAAAUACACCACAUUGAGUGGAGCCCACUAGAACCGGAGAAGCUGUACCAGCCCAGCCAGCAGGAGUACAUGCCCGCCUGCUUGGGGGAUGAAGGGAAAAAUACAGUGUUUGCCAUUGAUGCAGCUAGCAAAGAUUCUUACUUCACCUUUUCCCGUGUCAGAGGUCACUGCGGCCCUUUGAGCACUGCUACGGUUGAUUCAAGUGGUAAAAAUUCCAGCAUGCUGAUCUUCGAAUCAAGGUUUGAGAGUGGAAACCUGCAGAAAGCAACUAGAGUCGACACCUAUGAGUAUGAGCUCACUCUGCGCACAGACCUCUACACCGACAGACACACGCAGUGGUACUACUUCCGUGUCCAGAACAUGCAGCCUGGGGUCACGUACCGUUUCACCAUCGUCAACCUGAUGAAGUGCACCAGCCUGUACAGCCAGGGCCUGAAGCCGCUGCUGUACUCCGAGCGAGAGGCACAACUGAGACAGGUGGGCUGGCACCGUGUGGGCCAGGACAUCUGCUACUACAGGAACAACCUGGGCCAGGAGGGCAGGAGGCUGUACUCUCUCACCUGGACCUGCCAGUUCCCCCAUGCCAAUGACACCUGCUUCUUCGCCCACUCCUACCCCUACACUUACUCAAACCUGCAGGGCUACCUGAGCGUCAUCGCCAACGACCCCGUCCGCUCCCAGUACUGCAAGCUGCGGGUGCUCUGCCGCACCUUGGCAGGCAACGUGGUCCAUGUGUUGACCAUCACCUCUCCGAAUGGCAGUCAGGAACCCCGCCCACACAAGCAGGCAGUGGUGGUCACUGCCCGUGUCCACCCCGGCGAGACCAAUGGGUCUUGGGUGAUGGUGGGCUUCUUGGAGCACAUCCUGGGUAGCUCCGAUGAUGCCCAGCUCCUGCGGGACACGUUUCUCUUUAAGGUGGUGCCCAUGCUGAACCCGGAUGGUGUGAUCGUGGGGAACUACCGCUGCUCAUUGACUGGCCGGGACCUGAACCGCAACUACAGCACGGCGCUGCAGGACUGCUUCCCAUCCGUGUGGCACACCAGGAACAUGGUGCAGAGGUUGAUGGAAGAGCGGGAUGUGAUCAUCUACUGUGACUUCCACGGACACAGCAGGAAGAACAACGCCUUCAUGUACGGCUGCAGUGACAACCAGCCACGUGCACAGCCGCUCGGAGAAAGGGUCUUUCCUCUGAUGAUGAGCAAGAACGCAGCUGACAAGUUCUCUUACCAGAGCUGCAAGUUCAAGGUCCAAAAGAGUAAGGCGGGCACAGGCCGGGUCGUGAUGUGGAAGAUGGGGAUCACUCACAGUUACACCAUGGAAACAACCUUCGCCGGAUCUACACUGGGCAACCGCAGGGCCACCCACUUCAGCACAGAAGACCUGAAGUCACUGGGAUACCACUUCUGUGACACUCUUCUGGACUUUUGUGAUCCAGACCACUCAAAGUUCGAGCAGUGCCUGGCAGAGGUUCAUGCAACUCUGCAGAAGGAGGUGCGGCAGCGGCUGGAGAGGAUGGGGCACGAGUAUAACCUGGAUGUAGCACUCAGUGAUCUCUCCAUAUCAGACUUGGAAUCGAGCACCAGUGGAUCAAACAGUACUGAGUCAGACGGGCCUCCUGCACACUUAAUGAGAUUCGCCGUAAAGGUUCACCGGAAGAAAAAGAGGCUGAGGAGCAGGAGGGAGAGGAAUCAGCUGCGACAGCGUCACCUCCUUACCAGACCAUCAGCACCCGACCCGCCAAGGCACCUGACGGCUUCGGGCAAGAAGAGAACCGAGGAGAGUGAGUCCCCAGUUCACUUUGAAAAAGCAGGAAAAGCCAAGACAAAAAUUGCCAAGGUUCAGCUGCAGCACAGACACAGGGACCAAGUUCUGAAGCCACAGCCCUGGAUACCCAGCCACACAAGUGGACUAUCAGACAUCUGUAGUAUGGACACCAAAAACAAGGCUGCUUGGCUUGAGGCAAUGUCCACGGCUUACCUGCGCAGGCAGCACAAUGCUACUCCAGGGCACAAGUAUGGUAAGAUUUUCCAGUAUCAGUGUGGAAAAGGAGAGCCUUGA